CGCCGCCGUUUCUCUUCCUCCUAUCGGUUUGUUUUCGAUCAUAAAUCCCGCUGGGAGAUCAUCCCGAUAUGCCAGGAUCACUGACAGUCCGCAUGGACAACUGCAGGCGGGCUUUCACAUUGCAUUACCCGUUAAUCGGAUAAACCUACCCGUUUGAUCUUGCUUUAAAGGAAAAAUCAACUCCCCCGUCGGAGAUCUAGAGAUCUUAUGAGCUAACUUAGGCCGUGUGUCUGGCUGCGUUAUCGUGCAUUCAGGUCAUAAGGGGAAGGAGAUUUUUUUGUCGUUUACCGAAACAGAAACAGUGGCGGCGGCCUCUGUAUGCAACCCGGGCUUAAUGGCGUCCGACACCAGCGACACGGAGGAGUUUUACGAUGCGGCGGAGGAUGUCAACUUCACUCCCUCACCUCAUGCGUCGCCUGCAAAGUUUGACCUUCCUCAACCCGAGGGUCUUGCAGAAAAUGUGGUACAGGAAGUCACAGCUGGAUUGGCUCAGCCAGAUUCCCGAAAUGAUGAUUCCCUUCAGAUUAUUGACAGUAUUAUAGAGGAAAGUCAGAAAACGAAUGGAGUGGAGGAUCAGUUGUUGAGAGGAGAGGAAACGUGUGCAACUUUAUCUGAAGCCGAGAAGAUCCCAAGAGCAGAAGGUUGCGGUCCUGAAGAAAUCCAGGUUCCUGUGGCUGCUCUGGUAGCUUCAAAAGACUCUGAUCAGGUAUUACGCGAUGCUGGUCCCACCGAACAGCUACCUGAUGUAAGACCAAAGGAAGUGAGGUCACAGGACAUUCAGGAAAGAGCACCUGAUGUGGCAGAUGGAGCCCAAGUGGGCCGGGACCAAGCUAUUCCACCCCCUCCUGACAUUACUAGUGCUUUGGGUCAGCCAUCACAACCUUCCCCUGUACCGUGUGCAGAAACUCCUAAAACGGCAGACAUUUUAGAACAAGUCCCUAUGACUGAACCAGAUGGCUCUGGUCCUUCCAAACCUCCCCGACAGUUUACAGUGGAGCCUGACAUUGUAGCUAGCACCAAGAAGCAGCCACCCUCAAGGCCACCACCACCUUCCGCAGCGCCACCUCCUAGGCCGCCUCCCCCUUCACGGCCCACCUUCCCACCUAGUAAAAAGUCCCAAGAAUUGAUACGACCAACAGGGCUUGAGGUUUCUGUAGAUCCAACAGAUGAGCCAUGUGGAUUGGUCAGCCCAUGUGCCACGAUGAGAGGUGUUCCCAAAGAGCUCCAGCACUCCCUGGAUCUCGCUAGCGCCACCAGUGGUGACAAAGUGGUUACUGCACAGGAAAAUGAUGAGCAGGCAUUUAGUACAAGUGGGAGUGAGACUCCAGGGCCACAGAGACCGAGGUCUAACUCAGGGAGAGAGCUAACAGAUGAGGAAAUUCUCGCAAGCGUCAUGAUCAAGAAUCUGGACACUGGUGAGGAGAUCCCACUGAUCCAGGCCGAAGAGAAACUACCCACUGGAAUCAACCCUCUUACAUUGCAUAUCAUGAGAAGAACCAAGGAAUAUAUCUCAAAUGAUGCGGCACAGUCGGAUGAUGAUGAUAAAUCCCAGCCUGCCCUUACAGAUACAGAUGGAGGAAAACUCAAACAGAGAACAACACAGCUAAAAAAGUUUCUGGGGAAAUCGGUGAAAAGGGCAAAGCACCUGGCAGAAGAAUACGGCGAGAAGGCCGUGAAUAAAGUCAAGAGCGUUCGAGAUGAAGUGUUCCACACGGACCAGGACGACCCAUCCUCCAGUGACGAUGAGGGAAUGCCGUACACCAGGCCGGUCAAGUUUAAAGCCGCUCACAGCUUCAAAGGGCCCUUUGAUUUCGACCAAAUCAAAGUGGUGCAGGACCUGAGCGGAGAACACAUGGGUGCGGUUUGGACAAUGAAGUUUUCUCAUUGUGGAAGGCUGUUGGCUACAGCAGGGCAGGAUAAUGUAGUCCGGAUCUGGGUUUUAAAAAAUGCCUACGACUAUUUCAACAACAUGAGAAUAAAAUACAAUACAGAAGGACGUGUAUCCCCGUCUCCCUCUCAGGAGAGUCUGUGUUCUUCUAAAUCAGAUACUGAAGGAGGGAUUGGAGCUGCAGUCGAGGACCCAGACACAGAGGAUAAAAACGUACCAUUCCGACAGGUUCCUUUCUGCAAGUACAAGGGUCAUACAGCUGACCUGCUGGAUCUUUCCUGGUCAAAGAAUUACUUCCUCCUGUCAUCAUCUAUGGAUAAGACGGUUCGAUUGUGGCACAUCUCCAGGAGGGAGUGUCUCUGUUGCUUUCAGCAUAUAGACUUUGUGACAGCCAUCGCAUUUCAUCCCAGGGAUGACAGAUAUUUCUUGAGCGGUUCUUUGGAUGGAAAGUUGCGGUUAUGGAAUAUUCCAGAUAAAAAGGUGGCACUGUGGAAUGAGGUGGACGGACAGACGCGUUUGAUUACGGCCGCUAACUUUUGCCAGAAUGGAAAAUACGCAGUUAUAGGCACCUAUGAUGGACGCUGUAUCUUCUAUGACACAGAGCGCCUCAAGUAUCACACCCAAAUCCAUGUUCGCUCCACAAGAGGCAGGAAUCGCGUGGGCCGAAAAAUCACAGGUAUCGAGCCACUUCCCGGAGAGAAUAAGAUCUUGGUGACGUCAAAUGACUCUCGGAUUCGCCUGUAUGACCUGAGAGAUUUGUCUCUUUCUAUGAAGUACAAAGGUUAUGUGAACAGCAGCAGUCAGAUCAAAGCCAGUUUCAGCCAUGACUAUUCCUUCAUUGUGAGCGGCUCAGAGGACAGGUAUGUUUACAUCUGGAGCACAUACCAUGACCUAAGCAAGUUUACCUCUGUGCGGAGAGAUCGUAAUGACUUUUGGGAAGGAAUCAAAGCCCAUAAUGCGGUGGUGACAUCUGCAAUUUUUGCUCCGCAUCCGGAUCUUAUUGUGCCUCAGGAGGCAGGAGCAGAGAAGCCUGACUCGGACUGCAAGAGUGACAACACGGAUGACUCGGAGACCAUCCCAUCAGGUACUGAUGGGGCGCUGAAAACAGACCACUCUGAAGUUUUGCUGUCUGCUGAUUUCACCGGAGCCAUUAAAGUGUUUGUCAAUGUUAAAAAAUACUGAGUGAACACCUAGCACACGUAAAAUAAUUAAAAAAAUUCCUCUUAUUUUGGGCAGAGCUGAAACUGAGUAAACUAAAGCAGUGCCACUUUACAUCUAACUGAGCCCCCAUUUAUUGACCAAUCAGCUGCUGGUGAGUGCUCUGAGAGGCAGAGAUUUUAAGCCCCGCCUUAUUUGCGGAGAACAGGGACCCAGGAAGUUGGAGGGCGGGGACAGUUAAGUAACAGGGAUUUAAAUGUCUUCACAGCCGAACACAUUUCUCUCUUUCUUUUACCUUUUUAAUAAUUUGAUUUCAUUUGGAGAUGAAUAGUUGAGAGGUAUUAUUACACUGUUAUCGUGCGUACACAAAAGGGCUUUACAAUGCACAGAUCGAUGAUGCCGUUUUAAUGGAUGAGUGAACCUGCAAGCCUGUUUGUGAACAGAAUUGAUAGCAGAAAUACACACAGCAUUUUAAUUUUUUUCCUGCACAUUCUAAUCCCAACCUCGAGUGUUUUCCAGAAAGUAUCGCACAUUUCCAACAUUAGCACUAACUAAAUUCAUUUCAGUUUAGAAGUCUUUGUCAGUGUUAUGUUGUAAAAAUAAUUGAACCAGAUUUUUUAUGUGUACGAUUCCAGAAAAAAAGGAUUUUCCCAUGUAUGGUGUUUUAAUCUAUGUAUGCAUUAAAACAUUGCAUUUUUCACUGGUGUGAUUCA